AUGCUACCAAUCACUGACGCACAAGCGAGCGUUGCUCUCAAUCUCAAGAAAAAUUCAACCUUGACGGUGUUUACCAAGUGGGCAAAGACACAACUGCGGAAAUCAAAAAUAAAACCUUCCGACAAUAAUACCACCACAGAUAUUGAGGACCGAAAGCAACCUAAUAACCGGAACCGCCUACUUUCAAAGAAGGCAACUUCUAACAAAGUAGAAAAUAAUGACGACAUUAACAUUAAUACUAUCACUUUACCUAAACCUAAUUUCAGUAUAUCGUUCAUUGAAGAACUAUAUACGUCAUGUCCCUUUAUACUAGGACACGAACACCUUCCUGAUGCCGUUUCUCCGUCACAGACACCCGUCUCGACCUUUGACCACAAAAAACUAGACAAAUCGCAACUAUUCUAUAAUGCAACCAUCCCGUCGGGCUCGCCGAGACAUUUUGCAUACACACAGACUCUCCGUAAAUACAAAGACGCAAGCCGCGACGUCAGACCCCUAUACAACAUAGUCCUUCUGACGUCCGUUUUGAAGAAACUACAACACACCAGGCCGCUUACCCUCAGCGAAGAACAAGAGCUACGACUCUACAAAUCAAAAAUGUCUCGCAUUACCACGCAAGAUAAGGAGUCACGCGACCCACGGAGUAAUGACAAAUGUGGUAACAGAAAGGGCAAGAACGUUGAAGGAAGAUCAGUAUCGUUUCGUAGUUUUUCUUUCGCGCAAAAAGCCCGAACAAACAAUAAGGGUCAAUCUCAGCCGGGCACGCAGCCGCUUGCGCCGUAUCUUCCCAAGAAAAUCACUUCGUUGUCUCAAUACCGUGCUUCGUAUGCAUCUCAAACUGUAGUCAUUACGAUAGAUGACAAGUCAAACAAGCUACUGACUCGUGAUCUACCAAUGGCACGUCGCCAUCGUCGUCUAUUUUCGUCAUCAGACGUUCCAGAACGGGCGUCAUCGUUAUCGUCUCCUUUGUCAUCACCAUCACCGGCUGCAGUCAAGAAGAACUCUUGCAACAAUCAAAAAUGGGAGAAAGGAACACGAAUAAGACCUUGGCCGGUUAAACGGAAUGAUGUGUUGAAAGACGAUGACGAUGGACAUGUUGAUUUAGAUGAAGUGCCAUUAUAUGUGUUGAGAGAGCAAUAUAAAUAUUCUGGACGUAACUGCUCAUAUUCUGGUAAUCGAGAACUAGUAAACGAUGGAAAUAAGCCAAUGGCCUUGGCCAUGUAA